AUGGCUGAGAUCAGGGAGGCGACAAUCAGCCAACGGAAAGCAGGUUAGUCAACAAACGUGCGCUGGGCACGGUAAUAAUACGAGGCAGGCGGCAAGGCUGAACAGAUCAAGGCCAGCAGGAAACGUCAGCGCACGACUCUGAUAAUGGAAACGAGUUUCCGAAACGUCAGUCUGAAUACAACCUGGUCCAUGAAAGCGCUUCCUCUUCUUCGUCUUCCUCGGGGGAUUAUAUACACGGUACGUUAUUUUGGAAGAUAUUCUAUUUCGAAACGCGAUACAAGUUCACAGCACUAAUCCGGAUAAUUCGUCUGAUCUGCCUCGGUCAUGAAACAAUAAGUAUGGAUGCAGUACAGUAAAAACCGUAGGUAUUCAUUCUAAGCUUAUCAUUUUCCCUGUCCUCUCUGCCGGUAUGUACUUAGGUUUCUGAAUUUAGACGAACAAUUUUUUUUAUUGGUCCUGCUGUCUCUUGAAAUUCUGCCACUGUCUUCAUGGCAAGUUAGAGGUGGUCCAUAUAUCUCCAUUUCAACAAAACCAGACAUCGAAUUUGAUGACAAAAGCUUUGGAUGGCCUGUUUGCAAUCGAUUAAUUUUCUUUACCUGAUUCUUGCUUAAUUUGUUCAAUUUUCAGCUGAUAUAGGUGUCGACUCACCGAACUUUUAGUUGAACAAUCGGAUAAUAUUGAAUAAAUCAGAGGCAUAAAUUCAUUGCCGAAGCCGUUGAAUAACUGCUGCCGGGACAGGUCUCCGCAUCGCCUUCGCUGAGACGCGCCCACCCUCGCCGACGGAGACCGCGGACUCACGGCAUAUGCGGUCGUUCUCCACUACGAACAGAAAAGUCGUGGCCCCAUAGUGGGAUCGGUCGCGCCAACCAGGCACAUGGGCAGCCCGAUUCAGGGGCGGCACUGCCUGCCCUCAUGAGGGGAAGGGCCUAGAAAAGGUGGCCUAAACAUUGCUGGGUACCACGCCGUCUCCAGGCUAGCCAGGGCCGCAGACGUCUAAUCAUGGUCGAAACAAUCAAAAUCGAAACAACAACAAUACCAAUAACAACAACAACCAUACUCCUUCUCCUCAUUCUACCUCUUCUACCUCUUCCUCUGCCUAUUCUUCUCCUUCGUCACCUUCUUCUCCAUCUUCCUCCCGUCGCCCCACUCGUCGUCACCAGACUGGCAGGGUGAGUCCGCUCACUCUGGCAGCCUGGAAUGUUCGUUCCCUUUUAGACAAUCCGCGGAGCAACCGAACGGAAAGGAGGACAGCGUUAGUGGCACGAGAACUGGCGCGCUACAAGGUGGACAUCGCCGCACUCAGCGAGACCCGUUUCUCCGAACAAGGCCAACUGGAGGAGGUGGGUGCCGGCUACACCUUCUUCUGGAGCGGUCGACCCAGGGCAGAGCGACGGGACGCGGGUGUCGCCUUCGCCAUUCGGAACGACAUCGUGGGACGACUGCCCUGUUUGCUGCAGGGCAUCAACGAUCGCCUGAUGAGCCUCCGUCUGCCUCUCUGGGGAGGCAAAUUCGCCACCAUUAUUAGCGCCUACGCUCCGACCAUGACCAACCCCGACGCCGUCAGAGACAAAUUCUACGAGGACCUGCACGCCCUCUUGGCGACUGUGCCGAUGGCGGACAAGUUGGUUGUCCUUGGCGACUUCAACGCCCGCGUCGGCACAGACCAUACUGCCUGGAGAGGAGUGCUGGGUCCCCACGGUCUCCGUGGCUCAAACGACAAUGGUCUGCUGCUGCUCCGCACCUGCGCAGAACACCGCCUUAUCCUGACAAACACGUUCUUCUGUCUGCCGGAGCGAGAGAAGGUCACUUGGAGGCAUCCUCGGUCGCGUCAGUGGCACCUGCUGGACUAUGUCCUCGUCCGAAGGCGUGACCAGCGGGACGUGCUGGUGACGAAGGCGAUCGCGGGUGCUGACGGGUGGACCGACCAUCGCCUCGUCAUCUCGAAGAUGCGUAUUCGCCUACAGCCUCGCAGGAGACCUCAAGGUAAGCGACCCCCAGGUAAGCUGAAUGUUGCCUUGUUGUCCUUGCCCGCUCACCAUCUCCAUUUCAGCAAUGAGCUAGCUCAACGGUUAGACAACCUCCCCAUCGCCGAUGCCGCCGCUGCCGAAAACGCCUCCAUGGAGAACCGCUGGUGUCAACUGCGAGACACGGUCCAGUCGACGGCGCUCACCGUCCUCGGUCGCGCUCCCCGCCAACACCAGGACUGGUUCGACGACAACGACGCCGCCAUCAGAAAUCUGCUUGCUGAGAAGAACCGCCUACACAAAGCCUACGUCGAUCACCCCACUGACGACAACAAAGCUGAUUUCUACCGCAGUCGCCGCCACCUCCAGCAGCGACUGCGGGAGAUGCAGGACGCCUGGACUGCUCGCAAAGCUGAGGAGAUCCAAGGCUACGCGGACCGCAACGAAUGGAAGAACUUCUUCUCUGCGAUCAAAGCUGUCUACGGUCCGCCGACAAAGGGCACUGCUCCUCUCCUCAGCGCCGACGGCAGUACUCUCCUGACUGAGAAAACGCAAAUCCUUCAGCGAUGGGCCGAGCAUUUCCGAGGCGUCCUAAACCGCCCUUCCGCCAUCUCCGACGCCGCCAUCGAGCGUUUGCCGCAAGUCGAGCCCAACGCGGACCUAGACCUCCCGCCAUCUCUCCAGGAAACCAUCAGGGCCGUGCAGCAGCUCUCCAGCGGGAAAGCACCCGGAUCGGACGCAAUUCCUGCUGAGGUCUACAAGCACGGAGGUCCCCAACUCAUGGAUCACCUGACUGCGCUCUUCCAGGAGAUGUGGCGUCAAGGUGAAGUCCCGCAAGAUUUCAAGGACGCAACCAUCGUGCACCUAUACAAGCGAAAAGGGAAUCGCCAAGUCUGCGACAAUCACCGUGGCAUCUCCUUGCUAAACAUCGCCGGGAAGAUCUUCGCUCGCAUCCUGCUCAACCGCCUCAACAACCAUCUGGAACAGGGCCUUCUGCCGGAAAGCCAGUGCGGCUUCCGUCGUCAUCGUGAGACCAUGGAUAUGAUCUUCGCCGCCCGCCAACUUCAGGCGAAGUGUCAGGAGAUGCGGACCCACCUGUACUCUACCUUCGUGGACCUGACGAAAGCCUUCGACACGGUGAAUCGUGAAGGACUGUGGAAGAUCAUGCAGAAAUUCGGCUGUCCGGAGCGAUUCACUCAGAUGGUGCGUCAGCUGCACGACGGUAUGAUGGCGCGAGUCACGGACAACGGAGCUGUCUCAGAGGCAUUCGCAGUGACCAAUGGAGUGAAGCAAGGCUGCGUACUGGCGCCUACCCUCUUCAGUCUUAUGUUCUCUGCCAUGCUGAUGGACGCAUACCGCGACGAACGCCCAGGGAUCCGCAUCGCCUACAGGACGGACGGUCACCUCCUGAAUCAACGGCGGAUGCACUUCAAAUCGCGCGUAUCCACAACCACUGUGCACGAACUCCUCUUCGCCGACGACUGCGCCCUGAACACCACCUCAGAAGAGGAGAUGCAACGGAGCAUGGACCUGUUCUCCGCCGCUUGCGAGAACUUCGGUCUGGUCAUUAACACGCAGAAGACGGUGGUGAUGCACCAACCGCCACCCAACUCAGCCACAGCCCCAACGCGUCGCCGCAAAUCAGCGUGA